AUGGCUGAGCCCAUCUUCCUAUGGCUGCUGGUCCUCCUGGGCACUUGGCUUGUCCUGCUCCUCUUCGGCGGCUGCCGCUCCGCCGUCCACGCGUCGUCGCGCGGCAGCUCCGCAGCGGUGGCGCCGGGCUCCGAGCGCAGCGCGCGGAGCCCAGGCGCGGCGGCGGAGGCGCUGCGGGCGUGUCGGCAGAUGGCCAUGGAGGACACGGGUGGGGCUGGGGAGGGUCUUCAAGUCACCUGCCCCAGUCAUUUGAGGUACAGGGCUUGCAUGCGCAGAUGGCGGGCGGUGGAGGCAGUCCCUUCGGCAGUGCCAAUGGCGCCAACCCCUUUGCCGGCGGUGCUAAGGGUGGUCUUUUCGCCUCGGGUGCCAGUUCUAACUCCCAGGCAGCUUCAUCUGGAGGUCUCCUUGGAAUGCUAG